AUGGGAAUUAAAUAAUUGAUUGUUAAUCUGGAUAUCUUUGGUUCACCCUUUUAAUUUGAAAUGGGUGUUGGUAAUUAGACAAGAUAGACUAUGUUUGGUGGUAUUUUAUCUAUCAUCCUUAUUUUAGCAGCGCUAGCAUAUUUCGGGUACUUAAAUUAUUUAUAUGGGGCUGACUAGCUUUAGCCUAAAAUAACUUAAACUCAAAUAAGACUUAAAAAUAAUUUUGCGAUGCCAUUCGAUACAACUCUUCUUUGGUUUGAUAUUGUAGAUACAGAUAGUGGUACUCAUCUUUUAGAAUACUAGUAGCAAAAUGGCGUUAAUUAUAUAACCUAUACUGCAAAGCUACAACAAAGUGAUCCAAAAACAGGAAAAAGAUUACCAGAUAUCAAUUUACCUUUAGACUUUUGUCAAAAUUUAACUAAAGACCCAUCUGUAGAUGCGAUGGCUUAAUGUUUAAAUUUAUAAAAUUUAUCAUCUACUUAGUCUUAAUUCUAAAUUUUUAGUGGUGCAGGUUUCGAUACAACAAUAGUAAUAUAAAUGAAAGCAUCUUGCGAUGUUAGUUCAACUGACCCUUGUAACACUGAUACCUUGUUUGCUGAAUAUGAUGAAUAUGUUUAUGGAGAAACAGCUUAAUUUUUCAUUAAUUUUAAGCAAUCACAAUUCGAUUCUAAGUAACGUUAAAUUGUUACUAAAGUUACUGAUCUCUCAUGGGACUUUGAUCCUACUUUAUCAACAUCAUCCACUGUCACUCUUUCUACUGCUAAAACAUCUGUAAAAGAAGGUUUUCUUAUAUAAAAAUAAACUGAUUAUCUUUACUUAGUUGACGCUAAUAAUCAAGACUCAUUUAAAACAAAAGGUUCUGCAUCAAAAUCUGACCCAUUAAUAAUUGGUACUUUCUAUAUUAAAUUAAGCCACGAUCAGUACAUGGAAAAUGUUUAAUAUGCUUAAUACCCAGAAAUUUUAGCUUAAUUUGGAAGUAUAGUUAAUGUUCUUCUCUUAAUAGGUAUUAUUGGUGUGGUUGUAGCCAAGGCAGAUAUUUAGCAAUAUUUUAUUGACUAAAAACUUAAAGAAUAUUAUAGGAAAACAGCAUAUAAAAUAUUAAAAGAGGAUGCAUAAACAGUAAACACAAAUCCAAAAUCACCACGAAAUUCAAUAAAUAGAAAUGGAAAAGUAAAUAAGAAUGAAAUACUUAAAAUUAUAAAAGAAAUAGAUAGUAAAGAUAUGAAUGAAGAACUUACUAAAAAAUUUAAGGUUUCGACAUUAGAAAAAAUUGUGAGAUCAGUAAAGGCAGAAUAAAAAGAAGAUUAUCAGAAGAAAAAGAGAAGCAACAAAGAUAUCUAUGAGACUUUAUUUUUUGAAGCCACAAAAUGCUAAGAUGUUUUUGAACUUUAGAGUUAGCUAAUGUAGAUGAAAAAGGUGCUCGCCCUUUUGCUAACACCAGAAUAAUAUGCUGCUAUAAAAUGCUGUGGAUCUUCGAUUGAUGACCAAAUCCAGUUCUUAUUAGAAAGAAAUUAACAAGAAAAUGAAAAGAAGUUAAAAACAGAAAAAACACAUAAAACAGAUAAAACGCAAAAAACAGAAGAAAAUGGUGAAAAAAUUGAAGUUGAAUUAGAAUCUUAAGUAGAUAUGCUAACUAAAAAUAAUUUAAGUCACAUAGAAUAAAUUGACAAAGUAGAUUAUGAUUCACUUUAUUUCUAAGCUUAACUUGAAAAAUUCUUCAAAAAUUCAGAAAAGGAUUUCGAAAAUGAAAAUGAAAAUACCAAAUAACUUAAUUUACGUGUCCUAGAAUGUCUUAAAAAAACCUACGGAUCUGAUGAUUGA